CUCUUUAAGGCCCACUAUAAACCACCCAAAUCCAAACCAAACCCACCCAGCCCAGCCGCAGCAAGAAGUCUCAGAGUGAUUUUUCUUCUCCAUUGAACCCUGUCACGGAUCGCUCCCUGUCCCUCCCCCAGCCGCCUCCUUCCCCUGCGCGAGUCUAUUCCGGUUCAAAAUCAAUUUGAUUUAUUUCUCAGAAUGAAGAAGCAUGGAAGUAGAAUCCCUAAUUCCACUGAAACUUACGAGGAGAGUGAGACUGAUGAGUCACUAUCUUCUUCUAGUUCAUCAGAAGAUGAUGAAGAGGAAGAGAUAGAGAAGGUGCUUGCUGAUGUAACUUUUGAGGAGUUGCAGAAAGCUCGAUCGAACGGGGCACAUGCGGUUUUUAAGAAACGCGGAGAAGACAAGAAGUUAAAAAGGGCUAACAAGAAUAGGCCAAUGGAAGCUAGUAGCAAAAAGCCAGUUCCUGCUUUUAGAGAUGUCAUCCAAGCCCCUAAGAAGGUUGUACGUGACCCACGAUUUGAAUCUCUUUGUGGUACACUUGAUCCUGAUGGGUUUAGAAAGAGAUAUAAUUUCUUAUAUGAAAAGGAUCUUCCCGCCGAAAGACAGGCUCUUAAAAGGGAAAUGAAUAAACUCAAAGAUCCUGAGCGGAAAAGUGAAAUAGAAGAACGCAUAUCAUGGGUUGAUAAACAGUUGAAAUCUGAUUCAACAAAAAAUGUUGAGACAAGUAUUUUGGCUAGACACAAGAAGAAAGAAAGAGAAGCCGCAAAGCAGGGAAAACGUCCUUUCUAUCUCAAGAAAUCUGAAAUCCGAAAACAAAGGCUUAUUGAAAAAUAUGAGGAUCUCAAGACAUCUGGAAAACUUGAAUCAUAUAUUGAGAAAAAGAGGAAGAGGAAUGCUGCAAAGGACCAUAGACUCAUGCCAUAUCGUAGAUCCAGUGACAACAUAGAGUAAGGUUGUUAACAUUGUACUGGAAUGUCACAGCCAAAAAAUAGUUAUAUACAUUUUGUAUACUAUCUUUGGAUUUUGAUGAUGAUCCCUGGUUGAACACCCCCAAAUUCUGGUUUUUAGGAUAAUUAUGUAGUGUUGUAUAUUCUGCAAGAUUUACUAACAACCACAUUUUUGGGGCUAAGGUAAGAGUCUUUUUUGUUUGAAAAUGGGGCAGAGAUUUUGCAAUUAUAUAGGUCCCUUGUUUUUGUAAUUCUUUCAGGAUGAAUAUGCUUUAAUUUAAUAGAGUAUUUUUUUAUAAUUA